AUGAAGUUUUCUGUUAUUCACUCGUCAUUGAUCGUAGCAGCUAUUUUAUCUGCUGGUUCAUCAGUUCAAGUUGCUGCAUUGGAUUCAGCAAAGCAUUUGGCUAAAAAGAGCAAUGAACCACAAAGUCGUAUUGAACCCGUAACAACCUCCCUUCUUGUGUCUGCUGCGCUUCCCAUGGUUCUCAAUCUAUUCACUGGUCUUUUGGGCAAUCUUUUAAGCAAACCAAAUGAUAUCGAAAACCGUGUUGUCUAUGGUCGACCAAUGCAACUCAAAUUAUGUGGUUCUGAAAAUUGUAUUCAAUUAUUGGACAAAGGCUCAGGUAUAACAACAGUCGGUAAAGGUGGUUCAAUGCAAGAAGCUUUGGGUGAUGCUAGCGGUGCUAUGUUAACCUCAUUAUUGGAAAGAAGAUUAUUGAGCAUGCACGAUUUAUGUCGUGAACAUAUUCAUUUUCCUCAUCCAGAUAAAGAAAAUUGUGCAAAUGUAGAAAUCAAUACAUGUGAACUUAGCAAACCAGUUGUGCCUUCACGUCCAUGCGUAGAUACACAUGGCGCUACCUACUGUUCAAAGAUGAAAAUACAUUGUGACGAUCAUUUAUACGGGCCACAUAUGAUGGAUGCUUGCUAUAAAACAUGCACAAAUGGCUGUCCACAGCCGCAACUUGGUCCAUGUGAUUACUAA